AUUGUCAAAAAAGGCGCGAAGAUUGGCAAAAAGAAACACGCAGUAAAUAGCAUCAUAGUCGGCACAUUGUUUGUUGAGCGUUUCGGAGUUAUUUGCUGUAAAAGAAUUAAACGAAAUGGAUGUUGCGGAUGCACAAAUCGGACAGCUGCGUGUCAAAGAUGAGGUUGGCUUACGCACCCAAAAACUCUUUCAAGAUUUUCUUGAAGAAUUCAAAGAGGAUGGAGAAAUCAAAUAUACUCGACCCGCCGCCAAUCUCGAGUCGCCCGAUCGCUGCACGCUCGAAGUGAGUUUCGAAGAUGUAGAGAAAUAUAAUCAGAACCUAGCCACGGCCAUUAUUGAGGAAUAUUAUCAUGUAUAUCCGUUUCUCUGCCAAUCCGUUUCGAACUAUGUGAAAGAUCGUAUUGGCCUCAAGACCAACAAAGAUUGUUAUGUGGCCUUCACGGAGGUGCCGACGCGACAUAAAGUGCGCGAUCUAACCACCUCGAAGAUUGGAACACUUAUCCGUAUUUCCGGCCAGGUGGUGCGCACGCAUCCCGUACAUCCGGAGCUUGUGUCCGGCACCUUCAUGUGCCUCGACUGCCAAACGGAAAUCCGAAAUGUUGAACAGCAAUUCAAGUUUACCAAUCCGACCAUUUGUCGCAAUCCCGUGUGUGCAAAUCGCCGUCGUUUCAUGCUGGAUGUGGAGAAGUCGCUGUUCCUUGACUUCCAGAAGAUACGCAUCCAGGAGACGCAAGCGGAGCUGCCACGCGGCUGCAUUCCGCGUGCCGUAGAGAUCAUAUUGCGCUCCGAGCUGGUGGAGACGGUGCAGGCUGGUGACCGUUAUGAUUUCACCGGCACCCUCAUUGUGGUCCCAGAUGUAAGCGUGCUGAGCACGCCGGGCACCAGAGCCGAAAUGGGCUCCCGCCAUAAGCCAGGCGAAGGUGCCGAUGGUGUCACCGGACUCAAGGCUUUGGGCGUGCGAGAGCUGAACUAUCGUAUGGCCUUUCUGGCAUGCAGCGUCCAAGCGACCACUGCACGCUUUGGCGGCACAGAUCUGCCCAUGUCCGAGGUGACGGCUGAAGAUAUGAAGAAGCAGAUGACCGAUGCCGAGUGGCAAAUGAUCUAUGAGAUGUCCAAAGAUCGCAAUCUCUAUCAAAAUCUGAUAAGCAGUCUCUUUCCCUCGAUAUAUGGAAACGAUGAAGUGAAGCGUGGCAUACUCCUACAGCUAUUCGGAGGCGUGGCCAAGACAACCACGGAGAAGACCUCGCUGCGUGGCGAUGUAAACGUUUGCAUUGUUGGUGAUCCGAGCACAGCCAAAUCGCAGUUUCUUAAGCAGGUCUCCGAUUUCUCUCCACGCGCCAUCUACACCUCGGGCAAGGCAUCCUCCGCAGCGGGUCUAACCGCCGCCGUGGUCCGUGACGAGGAGAGCUUCGAUUUUGUUAUUGAGGCGGGCGCCCUGAUGUUGGCGGAUAAUGGAAUCUGCUGCAUUGAUGAGUUCGACAAGAUGGAUCAACGCGAUCAGGUAGCUAUACACGAAGCCAUGGAACAGCAGACCAUAUCAAUAGCUCGCGCUGGUGUUCGAGCCACGCUCAACGCACGCACCUCCAUUUUGGCAGCUGCAAAUCCCAUCAAUGGACGCUACGAUCGCUCCAAGAGUCUUCAGCAGAAUAUUCAGCUGUCGGCUCCGAUUAUGUCACGUUUCGAUCUGUUCUUCAUUUUGGUGGACGAGUGCAACGAGGUGGUGGACUAUGCCAUUGCCCGCAAAAUCGUGGAUCUGCACUCGAACAUCGAGGAGUCCGUGGAGCGUGCAUACACACGAGAGGAGGUACUACGCUAUGUGACAUUCGCACGCCAAUUCAAGCCGAUAAUUGGCAUGGAGGCGGGCAAAAUGCUCGUGGAGAACUAUGGACAUUUGAGGCAACGCGAUACCGGCUCCUCGGGUCGCAGCACUUGGCGAAUUACCGUGCGUCAGCUGGAGUCGAUGAUACGGCUGAGCGAGGCCAUGGCCAAGCUGGAGUGCUCCAAUCGUGUGCUCGAGCGUCAUGUCAAGGAGGCAUUCCGUUUGCUCAACAAAUCAAUCAUCCGUGUCGAACAGCCGGACAUUCAUUUGGAUGAUGAUGAGCCUCUGGAUGUGGACGAUGGCAUAGAACACGACAUUGACAUGGAGAACAAUGGUGCCGCUGCCAAUACGGACGCCGAUGCCGUAGAUACAUCUGGCAGUGCACUCCAAAAGAAGAAGUUCACGUUAUCCUUUGAGGAUUAUAAAAAUCUUUCCACCAUGCUGGUGCUGCAUAUGCGAGGCGAGGAGUCACGCUGCGAGGUGGAGGGCACAGAUACGGGCAUGAGAAGAAGCGAUGUUGUCACCUGGUAUCUGGAGCAGGUGGCCGAGCAGAUAGAGUCCGAGGAUGAGCUCAUAUCAAGAAAGAAUCUCAUCGAGAAGCUAAUCGAUCGUCUCAUCUAUCACGAUCAGGUCAUCAUACCUCUUAAAACCACCAAUCUAAAGCCCUUUGCCAAGAGCCCCAAAGCAUCAGCUGGCGAUGAAGAGCUGGAAAACGAUCCGCUCCUUGUUGUCCAUCCGAAUUAUAUAGUGGAGUAAUCCCCAAUAGCUGUUCUGCUCAUCAUCAUUUUUUCAAUCAUUUUUUCAUCAUUUUCAUUUCAUUCGAGUUAAGUUUGUGCGCGUUUUUCUUCUAUAUAUUAUAUAUUCCAUGUUUACAGAUGAUUUUGUC